AUGUUUGAGCACAUUCUUCCAGGUCCGAGUGACCCCAUGUUCUGGUUGAAGAAGCGCGCGGAUGCCGAUCAUUCGCCCGACAAGGUCGAUGUGGGAGUAGGCAUUUACCGAAAUGAGCAAGGACGUUAUCAAGAGUUGGAAGUAGUGCGAGAGGCCAAGAGGAGACUCGACAAGCUUGAUCUUGGACAUGAUUAUGAGAUUACAACGGGAGAGGUCGAAUUCUUGCAGUUGGCUGCCAAUGUCAUGUUUGGCGAGGGCAACAGUGCCGUGUCCAGUGGGAGGGUAGCGUCUGUCCAGACAAUUUCUGGAACUGGCGCAAACCAUCUCGGAGCGCUCCUUCUCGUCACCAAUAUCCAACCAAAGCCCAAGGUCUUUGUUGGUGUUCCAUCUUGGGGUAAUACUGUGCCGCUGUUCAAGCACGUCGGCCUCGAGGUCGAGACAUAUCGUCACGUGGACCCAGACACGAAACAGGUCGACUUUGAAACCGUCCUGCGCACCAUCAGGGAGGCACCGGCCAAGAGCAUCUUUUCGCUCCAGGGCUGUUGCCAAAACCCCGUUGGCGCCGACUUCUCGGUAGAGCAGUGGAAGACCCUGGCUGAGGAACUAAAGGCCAAGGAACACCUACCCUUCAUUGACAUUGCUUACCAAGGUCUCGGCGAUGGACUCGACGAGGACGCGGCAGGUGUGCACAUCAUGACCGAGACGUGCCCAGAGGUGAUUGUGUGCCAAUCAUUCUCCAAGAACUUUGCCCUGUACGGAGAGCGCUGCGGCGCAUUGCACGUUGUCACCAAGACGCCCGAGACGGCCGCAAACGUCAAGGACCAACUCAGAGUCUUGAUUCGUCAAGAAUUCUCAUCUUCUCCGGCAUAUGGCUCGAGGCUGGUAAAGAUUGUGCUCUCAGAUGUCGAGCUACGAAAGCAAUGGGUCUCUGAGCUGGCUGAAAUGAGAGCUCGCUUGCACAGAAACAGAGCAAUCUUGCACGAAUAUCUCACCGUUAAGCUGACGACGCCCGGAAACUGGGACCACAUCAUUACAGACAAGGGAUUGUUCUCGACACUGGCAUUGUCGUCCGGCCAAUGUGAGGAACUUGUUGCAAAGUAUCACAUUCAUUUACCAGCCAGUGGUCGCAUCAAUGUCGCUGGUCUAAAUGCAAAGAAUCUCGCCUACACCGCAGAAGCCAUCGACGCAGUGGUGCGCAAAGCUUAG